AUGAAAGAUAUGAUAGAAGGUUUUGUUAAAAUAAUGAAUAGGAAAAUAAUAACAGAUAAACAAGUAUGUAAACUAUGGAACAAUAAUAUGAUUCCGGCAUUAGAAUAUCAAUUACAGGGAGUAGUUAUUACAGAGAAUGAAGCUAAACAAUUAAUGGCGCCAAUAAACACUUUGAUAAAACAUAAAUGUAAAAUGCCAAGUUCGUUGCCGAACUGUGUAUUAUACGAUAAGGACAUAUAUGGAGUUAAAGAUAUUUAUAGUUUACAAUUUGAAAGUUUAAGUAAAAACAUAAUGUAUAUGGCAAAUGGAAAUGAGAUAGUUAGAUCAAUAUUUAAAAUACAAAUGGAGCAGUUGCAACAAGAAGCGUGGACGCCCUUAUGUUUUGCAGAAAAAGUAUCACAAGUUAAAUUUUCAACAAAAAGAUUUGUCAGAGAUGCAUUAAUAGUUUUAGACUCCAAGAAAUUUCAUUUAUGUGAUCAUGAAAAUUAUAAUGAUCUUUUCCGUAAUCAUAGGAUUAGAGGAGGAUACAUCCUGAUCGAAGAAGUUUUAGAAGAGGAAUUCUGA